AUGGGGACGGCGGCGGCGACAGAGGAGGGAGUGCUUGCCUCCGCGGCCGCGGCGGAGGAGGCAGCGGCGACGGAAGUGGGGACCUCCACCCCAGAGGUCCCGGCGGAGGUGGCACCGGCGGCGGAGGCGGAGGUGUCCGCUAGAGGGGCUUCAGCAGGGGUGGAGGAGCCUGCCUCGGCGGUUGCGGCGGAGGGCGAGGUGGCCACGGGGAUACUUGUUCCGCCGCCUGCGUUGGAGGCGGUGGCGCCGUCGGGCGGGUCCGCGGCGGCCCCGACAGUGACAGGUGCGCAGGCGCCGGGACCGUCGGCGAACCCGGCGGCUUCUGGGAUGAUGGAGCCUGCUUCGACGGCGGCGUCGGGAUUGGCUCCCGCCUCGGCUUUGGCCACUUCUGUUCCCAGGGUGUGGAGAUGGCUCUCCAAGAAUGCAGUUGCUGCCGCCCAGGGGGUCAUCAACGACCUGCAAGGGCACGAGCAAGCCGCGCAGGAGGACGUACGGCGGUCGGAGGCCAAACUUCAAGCCGUUGUCGAUAAGGCCCAACUCGACCACGAGGAACUCCAGGCUGCUACUGCCGAGAAGGCCUGCCUUGAUGCCGAGGAGCUCGGACGGCUGAGGGGAGAUCUUGAUGCCCUUCAGAAGACUGUCGAGCGCAUCCGGCGCGAGUGGCAAAAGGCCUGGCAGGAGCGGGAUUUCGAGGCAGCUCGGAAGAACGAGGCUGAGAAGAUGGCGGCCGAGCUUGGCGCGGAGGUCGGUCAGCUUCGGGCGCAAGUGCAGGGGCUCCAAACCGCUGUGUCCCAGGGGCCGACCGGGAGCGUGAGCUGA